CUUCUAAUGGUAGGACUUUUAGCUAAUUUAUAGUGAAUCUAACUAAGGAGAGAUUGGACUGGUUUAAUUUUGAGACAAAGUCAAGACAGACAACUCAGAAGCUGAUCCAGCCAAUCCUUGAUCAACUUGCUGAGGAUAAAAAGCUGUUUAAUAUUUUGAAUAGAGAGUCUGCAACACAUGAAGAAAGACUAAAAGCACUUGAAUAUGCUGUCUUUGAGAGUGGGAAAUAAGCAAACUGUGAUUGAUAAGAUUUACAACAAAAUCUCUAAAAUUGAACAAGAUCGGAAGCAGGAAGAAGUUAAGGUCUAUCAACAGAUUUCGAAUCUAGAAUUAAACGUCAAAGAGACAAUGGAAACCUUCCAGAUUGUGAAGAGGGAGAUUGACAUCAUUAAGUCCAGGAACGAAACCAUUGCUAAAAAUCAAGAUAGCAAUAACGAGGCAAUGUUCAAGAUUAGGGAGCAGAUUAAUUCUAAGAAUGAAGAGAUUGAGACUAAAAUCGAAGAGAGGUUCAAUGAAUUUCAGGUCACGAUUUCUGAAUUUCAAAACAUGAUCACUGUUCUUGAGACACAGAUAGAUCAAGCAGCGAUUGAUAAUUUCAAGACCCAGCUAGCUUCACUUAAGCUCACCCAAGGAAAAAUUUUGAGGAAUAUAGAAGUAGUUAAACAGGAGAAAGCAGACCAAAAGCAAACAUUUGAUGAGGUUACCAAAAUAAAUGAGAUAUUGCAGGCUCAUACCAAGAAAAUUGAGGAUCAAUAUAACCAUACCAUGACUGUGGAGAAUUUUAUGGAGAAAUAUAUCCCAAUAACUAUCCAAACUCAGAUUUCAGAUACUUUGAAGUCUAUUAUUGACAAGAAAAUGAAGAGAAGUCUUGAGCAUUAUGAAACCAGGAAGUUCAAUGACUUGCAUAAAAUGAUCCUGGAUGAUAACGGAGAUCCAGAAAUUAAGAACAAAAUUAUGGAGAUGGCGCAGAAGUUUGCAGAACAUCAGCAUCAGCAGACAGGAAGAGGAAAGUCACUUCGUCCUUCAAAAUCACUUUCAUUUUCCCAGAAGAGCUCCUUGAGGAAGAGGAAGACAGGGGAUUAUAACCCAAAACAUUCGUUAAUAUCUCAUCACACUUUAACAUCCAAGGCCUCCUUUGUUAAGCCAAUGAAGAGUCAAUUCCAAGGUAUUACGCUCUGAUCGAGGAAAAAGAAGAGAAUGUCAGUGAAGGAUCUCAGAGUAAAAUUGAAGGUACCCUUCCCUAAAAACCUUAUAGUCACUGCCACCAAUCUUCGUAGUAGCAAGGAGAAGACAGACACUGCUUUGACUGAGGAGUCUCUGGACUCUGAUGAGGGAGAGGAAUCUGGAAGAUAUUUCAACGCAGAGCAGAUCCACUCAAUUGUUUCUCUCGAAGUCAUUAAGCGGAUCGAAGAAAAUCUGGAUAGAUUUGAUGAUAAACUGUAUAAAGCUUUAGAAGGCUUCAAACAAGACAAUUCUUCAAUAAAGGAGAUCGAGGUCUACGUCAGAAACUUACAUUCUACUUUUGAGGAUUUUGAGAACAGGAUUUCAAGGAAGGUCAUUGAAAUAGAAAAAGUGUAUAGAAAAGAGCUUAAAGAAUCUAAAAUAGAAGUAGAUGAAAUCGAUAUGAAGUUUGCUAAUAUUCACAAAAAAUACUUCAAAUUAGAAAAAUUAGUACAAAAGAUCAAUCUUUAUAUGAAAGAAGUCUUGGAUACCACAUCUGGAUUCAAAGAAGAGCCAAAAGCACCCUUAAUAGUCUCUGGAAGAGCGAAUUAUGGUCCUAAGCCAAAAACAGGGUUACAAGAUUUAGGAAAUACUAAGACUUCCCUUUCAUUAAAUAAGUCUAUGCGAUCUCCCAAUACAGGAAAUAAGCCUAAUACAGCAGUUCAGUUUAGGAAUCUCUCAAAUAGGAUGAAUCUCAGGAGUAGGAGAAUAGACCUUGAAGGAAUGAAAUCAUCUAGAGCUCAAAAGCCCAUUUCAAACUCUAAGAAUUAUGAAACUCCUGUUGAUCUUACAAACGCUAUCGGGAAAAAGAAUGUAAUGAAUAAGAUGCAUCCGUUUCCUUUCCAGUUACCCCAGAAUUCAGAUAGACUAGAGCCAAUACAUAACAAAACAACUGAGACUAUUAAUUCUAGAGAUCUUGAAUAA